GUGUUAAAAAAAGAAUGUUGAACGGUGAGGAGUGACGGAGCUGGAAGGGGGGCUACUAGAAUUUUCACGGGAGAGGGAGAGAGAGUUUAGAGAGAGGGGGCGAGAGGGGAGAGAGAGUCUAGUUUAGAGAGAGGGGGCGAGAGCGAGCGAGCAAGAAAGACUGAAACGAUCUCUUCUUUCUUCCAGGUUCACAUCACGCCUUAGCAGGCACUGUUUACCUAAUCGAUCAAGAUUGCCUCUUUGCUGCAAUGUGGGGCUUUAUCUCAAAGGCCAUUGGAAGCGCAGGAUUCAAGAAGAGCUCUACAGAACAAGGUCGAGCUAGUUUAGAAUCUUCAGAUGAUGAGACCUGCUCAAAUGACAGUUCAGAAGAGGGCAUGGAAUGCCCAAUAUGCUGGGAAUCGUUUAAUAUUGUGGAGAAUGUUCCAUAUGUCUUAUGGUGUGGUCACACACUCUGCAAAAAUUGCCUCCUAGGGCUUCAGUUGGCUUCGUUUGAAGUCGCCGAUCAGAAAGUCCGGAUUCCGUUUUUUAUUUCGUGCCCUUGGUGCCAUCUGUUAACUUUGCGACUGCUUUACAAGGGGAACCUCAAGUUUCCUUCUAAGAAUUACUUUAUCCUUUGGAUGUUAGAGAACUUGAAUAAUGACAGGAUGAAGUCCGCUUCCUUUGCUGCUGAGGAUCAUCAAGUGGGUUGCUCCUCAAGAAGCACAGCAUCUACUGGAAGUCAUUCUGCAAGUAUUAAUACCAGAAGACCUCUAUGCUUGGGACAGUCUGGGUCAAACAAUAAUGGCCGUAAUGGCAUCGCUAGGUUUCUAGGUCUGGAGAGGCCUCGUAACUUUCCUAAACCCUUAGAUUUCUUCAUCCGCUUAAUUUUAAAGAUGUUCUUCAUUAUCCUGCUCCUCGCAAUUGUUCUUUUUGCAAUACCCUGCAGCUUUGUCAUCCUGGCUGUGUAUUUGCUAGUUACAGUUCUAUUUGCAGUCCCAUCUUUCCUGGUAUUGUACUUCGCAUAUCCUGUCUUGGAUUGGCUGACAAGAGAAUUUGCCAUGUGAAAUGUUCCUUUGUAUAGUUAUAGAUAUGUAUCCUAGACUCUGAGACUUCUGUGAUGUUAUACUUGAAUAAACUUUGCUUCUACAAAGUAUAUAUUUAAAAUGGUGGCUUCCUUUUUUAGUUA